AUGCCAACAAGAUGGUUUCAAGACAAUACUUUAAGUAAAGUUGAUUUGGCUUCUAAUGAGCUUUUUAUUGAAGCAUUAUCUAAAAGUUUAAAAAAGCUUUCAAAUAAUUCUUUACAACAAACUUAUUCUAUUCUUAAACAUUAUAAAAAUAUUCAAGAAGACAAAGAAGCAAGUCGAAAGACUGAUAUGCAAAUAAAGAAAAGAAUUUUGAAAGAUAUCGAUAAUCCAAACUAUUGUUUAAUGGUCAA